UCUCUCUCCAAGUCUUGUAUGGCUUCAAAUUCCACUUACCCUUCUUUCUUCGUCUUCUUCGGCAUCAUAUAUUUUUUUCCUCUCCUCGUCACUUUCAUGAGAGAAAAACUUCCGAAACUUGUGGCUCAAGACCUCAAUUAAUCUCUAGUCUGUUAUUGUUCACAGCCCAACAUGGCAGCUCAGAGGUUUCCUCCCGCCAAAUGAUUUUUUUUCCCUGCGAAUUAAUAUGCUUGUUUCUAUCGAUUGUUGGUCCGGUUGAUUGCUGUCUGCGAAAAUGGAGAGAGUUUCGCAGAGAGAGACUGUUCUUUUAAGGUAUAGUAGUCUUCGGCGAUCUUUCACGAGCUCCAGCUCUUCGCCCAAGGCUCCCUGCAGAGAACUGGAUUUAGAUUUCCACGAUGUGUUCGGCGGACCACCGAGACAGUCGUCAGUUCAAGAAAAUCGGUUCAGUUUCAACGAAGCCGCGGAUUUCCAUGGACGUAGAGGGGACGAGGAUGAAGCACUUUCAUGUCCUGUUAUUGGCGGGAAGCCUGUGUUUGGGGAUAAGAAUGAGAUCAAUCGAAGGCGGUGCCUGAGCAAUGAUUUCUUUGAUGACAUAUUCCGAGGCGAUGAAUCUUUGAGCCCUGCCCGAGCCCUGCCACCCAAAGCUGACCCAUUCAGCUUACCUGCCAAAUUGCCCAAGGGGAUGGACUUGCCGGUAUUUGGUUCCACCCUUCAUAGUUCAUCUAAAUACAAGGAUGGUGCAUCCAAUGGAAUCAGCCUUUCUAAUUCUUCAACUUCCACCCUUUCGGGAUUCUCAAGCCAAGCAAUUCAAUGCCAAGAGGAGUUGGGGAAUGAUGUUCAGUCAUCUUAUCGCCAAAGCCCUUUAUCUCCUAAGAUCUCUCGUGUCAGCUUAGAGUCGUCAGACUUGAAUAACUCUGAUAAAAGAGACAGAGAAGGCAACGGGAAAAACGAUUCAAAUAGUUUGGAGGUCCAAAGGGAAAGUGGUCAGUUUCACUUUUCUAUAUACAGAUGGGCUAGCAAAGGAGUGCCAUUGGCGACACUUUUUAGAGGGAAUAGGUCUGCCAAGUUUGAGAGAUGCUCAAGCUCAAAUGGAUGGCAGGAAAGCGGAAGAAUGGCGAGGGAAUCAUCUACAAAGUCCUCUAAGAUGGAAUGCAACCAACAGGAAAAUGACUCUAUUCUUGAUACAAGAGUUCUAGAUAUGGUAGAACCUUGUCAAAGUGUUUCAGAAUUAAGUCUUCCCACACCAGAAUCAGAAACCCUGAGCUGCCUUCAAAAUGCUGUUGAUGAUGUUCCUGGUAAUACCAUCUUGCACGAAAAAAGAGAAGAAAUAAAACCUCAAUCUGUGUCCGUGAUAGAAUUGGGUGAUAAUGCCAAGCAAGUUCACAAGCCUGCAGUGAAAGUCAAACCCUCACAUUCUCUGUUCCUUGAUAACAAAUAUGAACGAGGCAAUGAUGGAAUAGGUGAAAAAGGUGACGGUAAGGAAAGGACAGUUAUAAGCACAAAAGAGCCAUUAGUACUUGUUGAUGCAAGUAAAAAUGUAAAGAAACAAGAUGGAAAAAGAACUACUUUUCAGGAUUCAACCAUGUACUCAGCUGAGAAGCUUGGGAGGAACAAAGUUAAGGGAAGGGUCAAAGACUUCGUUAAAAUUUUCAACCAAGGAGCUUCUCAAAAACCCAAAGACAAUAUUGAUAUUGACUGUGGAAUUCAAAGCUCUAAAGGGAAGAAGAGAGACACUUACAGAGUAGCGAAUGAAGUAAGAAUUGGCACACCUGGAUCAGAUGAGAAUACUCCAAGGGCCCAUGCAGAUGAAUAUCUGAAACAAUCAGAGAAAGAAGAUUCUGCCUUCAAGACCGCCAACUAUGUAUUUAGUGAUACUUUGUCAGGACAAAAGGAUUACUCACCAUCAAAUGCAUCAAUUCUUAAUGGCUCGAAGGCUAUAAUUGAAGACGCGGAUGAGUCCUUCCGAGGGAACUACAUUAUAAAAGAAUUACCCCAAGGCCACAAUGAACUGCCUCAAAGUGUUGACAAAGAUGAAGAAAUCAAUGUUAUCGAUGCAAAAAUAAGACACUGGUCCAAUGGAAAGGCAGGAAAUAUAAGAUCACUGCUAUCGACUUUACAAUAUGUUCUUUGGCCAGAGAGUGGGUGGAAGCCUGUAGCUCUUGUUGAUAUAAUUGAAGGAACUUCAGUGAAAAGAGCUUAUCAGAAAGCUUUACUCUGCCUACAUCCAGAUAAGCUACAGCAGAAGGGUGCGGCUUCGGAUAAAAAAUACAUUGCAGAAAAAGUUUUUGAUAUUUUGCAGGAGGCAUGGACUCAUUUCAACUCACUUGACGCAUUGUGACUUCAGUCUUUUAUGGUAAUGUUCCGUCAGUGGACAAGAACACAGAUGAGUUGCUCAGAAACAAAACGUCCACACAAUUAAGGAAGGAUCUGUUUGGGAUUGUCAGUGGAUAAUAGAAAUUUUCAUUGUAGAAUUUGUCUGUGGAGUUUUGCCAAAAAAUCCUAUUAUUGAAAAGUUCUUUUUACCA